AUGACUUCUGACACCCUUAUGACUUCUCUACCACUAAAUGGCCUUUUACAGUUUGGGGUAAAUUUGGAGAUCGCUGCUAAAAAUUCGUCCGUGAGGAAACGGGUGAAUAGGGAGUCUUCGAAAAGAAUCGACGGUGCUUGUGAAAAUUACGGGACAGAGAUGGUUCCCAAAAUUGCAGUCGUUCCAAACGACUUAAGGGACUUGGAUGAUGAUGAAACUGGAGAGAAACAGCUGUCAAAAACAUGGACCGAGGAAGAAAACGAAUAUCUAUUAAGCGACCGCGAAAAUAUAGAUGAAAUCAAUUAUGGCGGUCAUCAUGAAACGACAAAGAACGGUUCACAAUUACAUGUGGCGAACGGUGAUUUAACGUAUGACGAAAGCUCGGAUCAGUUUGUCCCAUUAUUAAAAGAGCACAGACAUGAUGAAUUUGACACUGAAAUUUCAGGACUGGGUGAUAGUUCUUUAAAAGAAGGAUCUUUUACUAUCGGACUUCAAGUUUUCUUUCCUUUUCUAAUCGCCGGAUUCGGGACCGUGUCAGCCGGUAUACUCCUUGAUGUUGUCCAGGUGAGCAGGAGACAAGGGAAUGUUUAGAUCCAGUUCCAACGUCAAACUUUUCACGUACCGAACCUAAUUCUUUCAAUUAAGUACAUGAAGAGAUCAACUUUUGAAUCAGUUGACUCCAUCAAGUCUAAUUUGGGUCAACCCGUUAAUUAAGAUCAAGUUUCCCACGUGGGAAUUUCAACUGUGGAGCGACUUUGUUUCAAACAUCGAACUUCUCAUGUUCCAAACCUAAUGCAUAAAUUACUAAAAUUUAUUUUCUCUUGUACUUGUAAGAGUUUUAGACCAUUGAACAUCGCGAAAAUGAAGUGAGUCUGACUAAUCGAGUUCGAUGUAUGAAUCAGCUGUCCACUUUGUAUCGUAUGGGUCGACCCAAAUAGGUAUUUAGUUCAGUACAUGAAAAGAUCGACGUUUGAACAGGACCUAAGUUGUCAUGAAUCAAGGAAACUGAUAAUGUGUUGUCUUGUACUCAUCAAAUUCUUAUAAAUUACAUCAUGUGUAUAAAAGUAUGAUUAUGGGAGACCAGUUCCCGGUAACUUACUUAAGAUUAACUGCAGAUUUUUUGGGGGACCAUGAAUUAGCAUGGUAUCCAAGGAUGAAUCUAAGUUAAAGCAAAGCAGGCUUUUUUAUUUGUCAAGCAGUCUGCUUUGCUCAACUGCACCUUCAAAAUUACCCCAUGUCUUUGUUAUCUGGAAGAAAUUGAGCCCGUGACGUGGUAGCCUGAGCUGAACCUGCUCUUAGUGACAUCCCUAAGUAUUACAGAUUUCUGCACUGUAGCAGAGAUGCCAACCUCUGGAAAUCUAAAAUUUGGAGACUCUCUUUUCUGCAUUUCCCACUCCAGGAGACCGGGAGAUUAUUGUGUCAUAUCCAGGAGACUCCCAGGUAAUCUGGGAGAGUUGGGAUGUAUGCUGUAGGUGGUUUAGGAAACAAAGCUGUAGCAUGGAAAAUUCCUAGUGAACACUGGAAACCAUCUGGGGAGGGGGGAUAUGAUAGUCUAUUACUGGCCAAAAUGUAAUGUUUGUUGGUUGCAUUUUUCAGCACUGGCAAGUUUAUAAAGACAUAUCAGAAAUUUUUAUUUUGGUUCCUGCUCUACUUGGAUUAAAAGGAAAUCUUGAAAUGACCUUAGCUUCAAGAUUGUCUACUGCGGUAAGUGAAUGCAUUCUGUAAUUUAUUAAUUUGACAAUGACAUCAUUAUUAAUGAACUGUAACCAUAUUACACUUGUCAAUAUUCCCCUCUGUACUGCGUACUGGAAACAGUAUGACAAGCAGACAAUAAUGUUGUAGUGGAAGGUUGAACAUGAAAAUUUCCUAAAGAGCAGCUUCUAAAAAAUAUUAUCAGAAACUGUACUAAUCAAACUAUUGUCCAUCCUCUCCCUCUAGAAAUCCACUUCAACUUCUUGAAGUGCAAGGUUGUAUUAAGUCUGAAGCCACCCCUAUUGUCCUACACAAUAAAAAAUAUUAUGGCUAAUGUGUGAAAGUGUUACUGCUUUAUUUAUAUUCAAGAUUUUGGGAAAACUGUGCUUGUAUGUAUUUGUUACCUUAAUAUUAGGGAGCUUAAGGAACCACAGUGGCGACCUUAAUGAGAAAUAAUGGCAAAAAAGCAACACCCAGUUGGUUUAGAUUGGCAAAACAACAACUUUUCAUGUGUAUCAUGCUAUUUGAGCAUUUUUUUGCUGUCAUUGCAUGACUACGACAAAGAGAAUUUAAAUAGGUAAAUUCCUCUUAGGUCUGGAUGUGUUUUUGCCUUUUUAGGCCAAUGUUGGACACAUGGAUUGUGCUAAAUCGCAGUGGAAAUUAAUAGGAGGAAAUCUUGCAUUACUUCAGGUAAUAGUAUGAGAUCAAAUUGUUCAAAGAAAACAAUGUGCAAUAUCACAAUCUUGAAAGCUUUAUCCUUGGUCUUGAAUUAUGUUGAAGUUCAGGGGGAUUGACAUCAUGUAGCAGCCACCUUUCUUUGAUUUAAAUGUAAAUUGUGGAGUUUAAUAAACAUAAUGUUUGAAAAAAGGGGAUUUCCAAGUAGUGAAAACCCACUUUGUUAGGUAUAAGAAGCGGUGUUAUAGAGUUACCAGUAAUAGUCCUUAGUUGUGAUGCUGACUGUCAAAAGCAACAAUUUAGUAAGACCAUGCAAUCACUAAUUACAUGUAUUAGCGAUUGCAUGGUUUUACCACAUUGUUGCCUAAAACAUGUUUUGUUUCAUUAAAGUUUUUGAUUUCUCUCUUUUUCUGUGACUAUUAAUAACUAUGUACUAAUUUUUUGGCCCCUCAGGCAAACAAAACCAUUUUUAAAGGGAUCAAACAGUUUGUGUAAAAUAGUUACAUUUAUCAGACCCAGGGGAGGGGCCCUUAUCUUAUUUUUAGGCUAAAGUGAAGCAAAAAGGGUUAAGGAUAUUAUUUUGAAGGCCGGGCCCUGCUCCUACGUUAGGGUUUAGAUCAGCAUCCCUCCACUUACUUGAAGAUCUGAAUCAACCCCUGUUUAUUGAUCACUAGGUGCAAGCAACAGUAGUUGGUUCCUUGGCAGCAUUCGCAGCUGUUGUCAUGGGUUGGAUUCUGGAUGGAGAAUUCAAGAUUCAUCAUGCCACCCUACUCUGUGCAAGUAGCUUAGUUACAGCGACACUAGCCAGCCUCAUUCUUGGUUCUGUGAUGGCUGCAGUGGUUGUGUUUUCUAGGAAGUGCAACAUCAAUCCUGAUAAUGUAGCCACGCCCAUUGCGGCCAGUCUUGGAGACCUCAUAACCCUGGCGCUGUUGUCUGCUAUUAGCAGAUUUCUACAUAGUUGUCUUGGUAAGUUUGAAAUAAAGAGAGUACCAUCAUUUUAUCAUCAUGAGAACUGCCUGUGAGUUUGCAAUGCAUUUUACAAAAAACAAUAACACUGUAAUGAUAUUAACUUCACCCCCAGAUAGCAGGUUUUCUGAAGUACUUGAAUUAAGGGCUUUUGUCCAAUAAGGAAGUCCACAUGGAGGACAAUAGGGGAGUAAUACCUAUUUGAUUUCAACAGACCUUGUCCUUUACAGUUGGUCUUAAAGGUACACAAUGCAGUGACAAUGGUGAACUCAUUUAAAUACACCUGAUUGGAUCAGAGAGAAAAUUUGCUGCACAUUUUCUCUCACAGUAAAAAAUAAUGAUAAAUUAUUGCAUUGUGGUUUACAAACUAAAAGGCUUUGUUGAUAUUGUUUCAUUCAAACUUGUUACAAGUUUAAUGUUUCUGUUUGCUGUAGACACUGAGGGUGGUACUCACCACUGGAUUGCACCUGUCAUCAGCUUGGGUUUCUUUAUCAUUCUUCCACUAUGGGUGUAUAUCACUCACAACAAUGCCUUCACUCACAGUGUAUUAUAUACUGGAUGGAGCCCAGUGCUCAGUGCCAUGAUUAUCAGUAGGUAAGUCAAAUUAUCAGUUGUUAGUCAAAUUGUCAUUUGUUCAUAGUUAGUUUUGCUUGAUCUCGUCAAUAAGUCGUUUGUACUGCGCUGGUAACUGUAGAAUAUGUUAUACAUGUCGCAGAGUCCCAGUCAAUUUGAUGUUUCGUCUUUUGGUGCUCCGCAAUGCAACAAUGUGAUUGUUGACGUCACCAUUCUUCGUAGCUGGUUUGUGUUCGGUCAGUCGCGUGCUUAGGUUUCUGCCGGUUUCACCAAUCAAGCAAAACUAACUACGAGAGAAUGACAAUUUGACUAACAAUAGACGACUGUUUAACUGUGACAAUAGACAGAUCGAAAUGCACCAAUUACUGAUUACGAGUCUUCAUAGCCAAUAACAUCACGGCUUAACUGACAGACGACCAAUAACAUCAUGACGUAAUUGACCAAUCAAAUCAAUAACCAGAGUAUAAUACCAUCAACUGACGUGAUACAACUCACUUUGACUCUGAAGAUGACUACCACACAGGUUGUCAAAACGUCAGUCACUGUCAACAACAACAGUCCUAUUCAGGACUACAUUCACCCAGACAAUCAAACUCAACCUACUUUUGAAAUGACUCCUGGGUUCAAACCUUUCACAGUCAAAUAUGUGAGUUAUAAAUUUAGAUUUUUGAUUUCUGUCCAGUUCAGACACCAAAGACUAAGAAUGUUGUAACGGAUGAUCCAAGACUUCUUUAAGUGCCCCCUACCUCUCUCCUUUUUUAAGCAACUGGAUUAUACUUUGUAACAACCUUAAUGGCAAAGUUUUUUUAAUUAGUCUUAGGUAUUGCUAGAUUUUUAUUCAGCCUUCUAAGAUGUAGUCAACCAUGUCUCGUUCGUCAAGCUUAGCAUGAUGAGACAAAAAUGGCAGCGUGCUAUUUACGAUGCAUAGUUUUCUGUUCAAGCCCUUGGAAAUUCAAUCCACACCCUCUCCUCUCUACCUACCCCUUCCUGCUUGUUUGCCUCUUCAAAAAUUAAUACACCUAUCUACCCCUCAGAAAGUCUGGGAACCUUUGCUGAGAACACAUUUGCUUGUGGUGUUGUUUUCAGUACUGGUGGUCUAAUUCUUGACUUUGCUGUGGACAAAUAUCAUGGAAUAGCUGUGUUCAGUCCAGUAAUAAAUGGUGUUGGUGGGAAUCUUGUAGCUGUCCAAGCAAGUCGUCUCUCCACGGGACUGCACCAGCUCGGCAAACCUGGCGAGGUGCAGGAGAAGAGCAAAUUCCAUGGCUGUAUUGACACAUUUUUUGGAUCAGGUAUGUGGAUUAAACAAAGCAGGGAUUCUUAAAGUUAAGCUUCAACUGCAGUACUUUCUCAUGGUACCCUUAACUUAGUUUGUGGUUCUAACUUUUGAAUCUGUGGUUGAAAUCCUACGGUGUGACCAUUUAAAUGAAACCUCUCCAGCAGUACUUUCUCAUGGCUCCCUUAAUUUAGUUUGUAUUUCCAGCUUUUGAGUUUCUGAACUUAAUCUAAUCCUUUCCCUUUUGUUUUAUCGCAGGACUACAUGCUCGAACAACCAGAGUGUUGCUAUUUAUGGUUAUUCCUGGUAACUUGAUAUUUUUAUACACAAUCCGUGUUCUGCAGGCAGGACAUACUACACUCACACUCCUGUUUACCUCAGUCUACUUACUGGCUGGCUUGAUUCAGGUACAUUUCUAUUUUUAUUGCCUCAGAUCUUUGACAUUUUGCUUUGAUCAACAGUGAAGGCGCUAUAUUUCUUCAUUUCCUACCGUAUGCAAAUUUUCGAGGAGUUGCUGCAUGACACGUGCAGCUCGUGCCAAAAGAGGAAACUGGAAUGGGACUUGUCCUGAAUACGAGGCUAAACGAGUAUUUUGUAGGGACUACAACGGAGAGGGUGAGGUCUGCGAAUUUUAAAGUCAGCGUCAAGAAAUUUUAUUAUCAGGCUGCUAAAGGGUUUUGUGAAGGCUAUAAAAAGACAUUUCAUCAGAUAAAGAAUUUUGCAUGCGGUCAAUUUUCGUACUUCAAAUCCGGCAAACAAAAUCUAGAUCCUAUGCAAAACGUAAAGAGGUAAAAAAAAAAGAAGUGAAAUAUAAAUGACCAGCAAAAUAGCCGAAGAGAAAAAGUAAUGCAAGGUUAGUGAAUACCAUUUAGACCCCAAAGAAUUGUUUGUAUACGAACGAGUAGCCUGUGAAUGCAGACCUAUUUCCGGUCGUCGCUUCUCUCCACCGGAAAUAGAUUCGCGUUCGUUAGCUAAGAAACGAACGGCAACCCUGUGAAAUGUUGUAAAAUAACUGACACAAAACAAUGCACAUGGUAACCAAGGCUUUACUUUGCACGUGCAGGUUGCUAUACUACUGCUGACCGCUAAUUGGUUGGUUCACUGGAUGUGGAAACGAGGCAAAGAUCCCGACAACUACUGCAUUCCGUACCUGACAGCGCUGGGUGACUUCCUCGGCACCGGUCUCCUGGCCGUGUCUUUCCAUCUUUUAUGGCUCAUAGGGGAUCGAGAUGCUGACGUUGGAGAUUAA